CGCGCGGCCCGGCGCGGCCUGACCGAGAGGCGCCUCCGCCGCACCGCGCUCGGGGCUCUCCUCUCCUCCUCGCCCGAGGCCGCCCGCCCGCCGCCAUGAAGCUCGUCAGGUUUCUAAUGAAGCUGAGCCAUGAGACUGUGACCAUUGAGCUGAAAAAUGGGACGCAGGUGCAUGGAACGAUCACAGGAGUGGAUGUCAGUAUGAACACACAUCUUAAAGCAGUGAAAAUGACACUGAAGAACAGAGAGCCCGUACAGCUGGAGACACUGAGCAUUCGAGGGAACAACAUCCGCUACUUCAUUCUGCCGGACAGUUUGCCUCUGGAUACUUUGCUAGUGGAUGUUGAACCAAAAGUCAAAUCCAAGAAAAGAGAAGCAGUUGCUGGAAGAGGCCGUGGAAGAGGCCGUGGCAGAGGCCGAGGUCGUGGAAGAGGAAGAGGAGGCCCAAGACGAUAAUUUCUCAUUAUGCAACUCUUACCAAAUUCUGGGCAAUUUCAGCUAUUUUUUGUAUAGGUCUUGUUUAUGGUAUCCAUUUUUAAUAAACUGAAAUGUGAAAAGGUGUCUCUCCUUUGUUAGCAAAGCCUGGGGAGGCAGGCAGAUGUGUCCAGUUUCUAGGGCUGUUGCAGACUACAUGGAUCUUGGUUGUCACUGUCGAGAUUUUGCCCACCCCUGGGGGCUGUACAAUUCCUCUUUCUUUUUGCCCCAGAACAAGAGACUUGUGUUGUGCUUUAAAAAUGUUUGAAAUUAAUCCCUCUUUUCUAAGGCACUUGCCUUCUUCUAAUGGUUCUAUAGUUAAGACACUGUGUUAAGAACCUCUGUCUCUAAUAUUGUUCUUCAGAGUGACCUUCUUUAAAGUUCAUAGAUAAAAUUUUAAUGUUUUCUAUUACCUGAAGCUUGCAAUUGAAACGUGUUUAUUUCUUUAUAAAACAUUUACACAAGGAAAUUAACCAGGCCCAUGGAAUUGUUGGAUUGUUACAUCUGAUGAUUAAAGAAUACCUGGAUAUGGACUUUGUCAAAACUAAUUAUAUGGCAUACAUUUUUUUGGGUGGGGCUCAUAAAGCAGCCUUAUCCCAGACUCCUUCUAGGGUACUUAAAGUACAUCCCUAGAAAAUACAAAGUACAGCACAGUGCAUGCUAGAAUUGGAAGCUUACUUCUGGAGGUGGGAAAAUUGUGCAGCUCACACAUUGUAUAUAUAUAGAUACAUGCAUAUAUAAAUAUAUAUAUUCACUGCUUUGCUGGACAUAGGUAUAAAAGAAGCAGUUCUGGGCAUAUUUAUCUCCCAAUGCCAUCCUGCGGAUUACUCCCAUCUAGGAAAACAAUUGUCACGUUCUCAUUGCCAGACUUCAACAGUUUCACCUGUUGAUGAAAUACAGAUGUCAUUUCAAACACCGA